AUGGUCAAUGCUAGCUUUCUCCCUACAUUAUCGUCGCUGGAUGUCGACCGCGCCACUCAAUUGAUUCUCCAAGCUUAUGGACAGCCCAACUCUUUUCUGCCGCCAGACGAACUUAGACUACGCCAGCAAGAGCUCUUUGAGAUACAGAAGCGACCAGAAGCUUGGGGUCUGGUCCUUCCAUUGCUGAACCAUGAAGACCCGAAUGUUCAGUUCUUUGGUGCUCAUACUGUGCAAGUGAAGAUUGCACGCGAUUGGUUGUCUUUUCCAGAAGACCAGGUCAUACCACUCCGCGAUCUGCUCAUCCAAUUAACAGCGCACUCAAUCGUCAUUGGGAGAAAUAAUGUUAUUCUUCGGAAGCUCUUCGUCUCUCUGUGUUCUUUAGCGCUCAAACUAGCCCCACAACAUCCUACACAAUGGCCGGAUUGGAUUUUGUCCUGUGUUACCGCCUUCUCUGGAAGCGGUGCCCAAACAGGUCCUAUCCUCGAUUUUCUCACUAUUGUGGCGGAGGAGAUCAGCACGGCGGAUCUACUUGGUCCAAAUAAGACGAGGAUGACUGACACUAUGAAAGAUAGCAGCCAGAUAGUCCUGCAGGCUAUCAGAUCGUCGCUAGAUCGUUCAUCUGCCGUUCCGGCGAACCAAGUCUUAUCCGCUAUGAAGUGUUUUCAGUCGUGGUUAUCGCAUCUCGGUGCCGCAGAUGUAAUCGCCAUCAUACCUCUUCUUCUUCUCUUUCUUAACCCUGACGAUGACACUUUUUUCGUGGCCGCGUCAGCUACGUUGCAAGAAAUAAUGUCCUCCUCCCCACUUUCAAAUGGGCAGCUGGGCUCGGGAGUCAAGACUCUAACCCAGCCUCUUCUCUUGUGGCUGGAUAGCACAGGCAGUGUCAUCGUCGAAAACACCUUACGGAACGGUCUGGUAGACGAAGUCUCACAUUCAUUGUGUAAGCUUCUAGCAGAGCUUGGCGAUCACUCGACGCCGUAUUUCGCCCGCAGCAUCGCUUCCAAGGCACGGGUGGAUCCACUUGAAGCCUACCAGAGCGUUGUCCCAAACCCAUCCGGGAAAACAAAAGGCCAACUUACGCAAAGAUACCUUCGCGUGAUGCUUGAUUAUACAGGUCUAUCUGGAUACUUCGGAGAGGAUGAGGAGACAAGUGAUCUGACUCUCGGAUUUUGGUAUAUGCUCCAAGAAGCACUUUGGGAUCUCAGUGUUGACGACGAUCGGGAAACAAAUGACGGCGACCCCAACGCCAUUGCCAAAGCCGUCUAUGUAGAAUUAGUCAAAAUACUGCGCAGGAAAACGACAUUUCCUCCUCGGGGACACGGAUGGUCGAAAGACCAAAUAAUCAGAUUUCAGACUUAUCGGCGGGACAUCGGAGACACACUAAUCAAUGCGUACUACGUCAUUCGAGAUGAGAUGCUAGUCUACUUUGUGGACAGCUUGAUACAAGAGCUCUCAAAUCGAACAGAUCCUAAUCAAGGUUGGGAGGAAAUAGAAUCAACACUUCAUUGCCUGUCAUCUCUCCAUGAGGCCUUGGACUACGAUAAGUCGCCUGACUUAAUCCGGCUUUUCAACCCCGAGGUUAUAGGCCGAUUGCCAUCUACAGGCCAUGGGCGCGUAUGGUUGACAACGUUAAAUCUUUUAGGAACUUAUUCCUCCUGGUUCGCUCAUGAGUCUCCUCAGUUGGAAAAGGUUAUGUCUGGUCCUUCAAAGUUGGACAUGCUAUUGUCCGCUGUAGGAUAUGUUGUUGCGGCGCUACCGGAACCGAGUUUGUCCGUACAAGCUGCCCUCGCCUUGCGCAACCUAUGCGAUGCCAACAGGAAGCUGCUCGCGCCGCAGAUUGGGGCAUUCGCGGAAUUACAUGCUGGCUUGGCCCGAGUGCCGGAUGCAGAGAAGAGCAAGGUGCUACAAUCUAUCGCAAGCGUCAUCGAGGCCUUACCGCCGGCGCAGCAAACACCUCCCAUUGAGGCCAUGGCUACACCUAUUGUACAAAAACUGAUGGACAUUCUCAAUAGCCCCACUACGCUUCCUCCUGAAGCGCGGAGUUUAGCUAUUCUUCAGUUAGAGACACUAGCUGGUAUCUCCAAGGGUCUGACUCGGGCUACAGACGAUCUAUUAGACCUGAACGAGGAUUCUCAGAUGCAGCAAAUUCUAGAACAAGUGAACCUGGCCAGAAGGGAUGAACGGAUGGCCAGACUACGUGAAGCCAUUCUUGCUGCUAUCAGCCGGUGCGUGGAAGCUACAGGACAAGAUGUUGGUGUUGGACAGGCUAUCAAUGAACUGGUCAAAUCUAUAACUUCACUUGCAUCCGACGCCACUAUCAUAUCUUUGCCACCCGCACCUUUGUUGUCUUUGGUUUGCAUGGCCGCACAGCGCCAGCUUACUGCAUCCUGGCUGGCGCUUGCAACCAUGCUGUUUGCUCAAAUGAAUCCGCCUCCACCCAUGCCAUUAACAGGAGACGAGGAUGAGGAGGAAGAACGGGCUAAGGCUGUCGUCAUAGAAGUAUUGCCUAUUCUACUCAAUGUCUCGUUGUCGUUCAUGGCCGUUCCCGGAGCAAUGGUGGAUAAUCCUGAUAUCGUUCAGGAAUUUUUCAACUGCAUGGACAGAGUUGCACAAGAUUUCACUGCCACGCUGUACCAUUUACCGCCGGGUGCAUUGGAUGCCCUCAUGCAAUGUUCUGUUCGCGCUAUGGCUUUGCAGGAGCGUUAUUCUUUGAUCGCUGCUUGCAAUUUUCUGAGUAACCUUAUUCAUCGAUCCUGCGUUUACCCUGCGUUAGAAGCUCAACGGACGCAACUGAUAAGCGGGCACGGCCGAGACAUAAUGCGAGCAGUGUUGUUCGGACUUGCUGGCGUGUCCCCCAGGAGUGCGACGCCCAAUCUUGUGGAGAUGCUGUCGACCUUACUAGUCAGAUGUGUCGAGGAGUCACGAGUAUGGCUCAAGGAGAUCUUAUUUGAUGAUGACUUUUUGCCGUCGAAGGCGGGGCCCGCUAUCAAAGAGACGUUCGUUAAGACCGUGUUGGGAUCUAGGUCAAUAAAGCGAACUCGCGAGGCCGCGAAUCAAUUCGCUCUUGUCGCACGGGGUUUAGAGGGAACUAGUUUCGGCUACGCAUCGGUAUCCAUGUAAGAGUAAGAAGUAGGCUUUUCUGAUUUCUAUCUUGUCCUUAGCGGAAGCUCACCCAGUAUUUCAGUUAUUUAUGCGAUAGAAUAACAUGUAGGAAGAUAAUAAAGCUUUGAAAUCUAACUGCUUUGCACAUUAGAUCACGUUUAGCUUUGACAUGCGGUAUGAUGCCACAACGACUAGCGGCCAUGAUCCUGAACGGAAUGUCGAUUUUCCUGGUCACUUUCCACCUGAUAAGAUAUACAGUUACCCGAAAGCUUCCAUAAGCACCCGUGUAGUCCCAUUCCGUCCUCCGUCACGCCCAAUGGGACCUGGAUCUGACGUUAUCGGCAUCGAUGAUGACUGGCCUUCUGUUACUGUUUCUCGCGAGCCGGUAAAAUGAAUCCCAGGCAACAUGUGUUGUUCUUCAGCACUAUCGCUGAGUUGUAGCCUUAUAGAAGGGACCCUGAAAUCAUCUUCUUGAAACACGCCUGGGUC